AAUUACACUUGCCGCUAGAAACAGGCCGGGCGAUCGAUCUCCUGGUCGCCUUGCCUCAAAAAAAAAAAGAAAUCUCCUGGUCGCCGGUUCGUCGCCGCCGCCGGCUGUUCCUCACACUCUUGCGGAUCCUCGCGCCGACGCUACGUCAGCGACCAGUCCCUGCUAGCCCCCCACCCGAGCCUGCUUCGCCGCCCAUCGUCUCCAGUCCAGCUCCGCCGGUGAUGGCGACCGAGCAGCCGUCGGAGAAGAAGAAGCCGCCGCCGGAGAAGAAGGCCCCGCUCCCCAAGGUGGUCACGCUCAACAAGGCGCUCAAGCUGGCCCAGACAUGGGUGGACGGAAUGAGUGCGCUGGAGCCGGAGGAACUGAACGAUAAAGAUUUCGAGGGUCGGCCGUCAGGGCUUGGUCUUGGUGCGAGAGUGGCGCCAAAUGCGAAGCGGGCAGCUCCCACUGAUCCAGUGGAGAGGAGGUUGCUCGGAAAGGUGAAUGCGCAGAAGAGGAAGUCUGCGGAGGAGGAUAAAAUAAAUACCCAGGGGGUGGGGGCGAGCGACGAUGAUAGCGGUGAGCCUCAAGGUAGAACCAGUGCUUGUAGCAAGAAGAGGGAAUUGCCUUCUGUUACAUCAAUGCCGCUAGGGAAGAAGGCCAAGUGACAGUUUUCUGUAUGCAUGAAAUACAUGGCUUGAUGUUCCAGUCACAAUUUUGCAAGUGCAUAAGAUUCUAUUAGCAUGUACUGCUUAGUGCUUUCACUCUACAAUGUGUAUUUGCUAAAUUUAAGGGCAUACCGGGGCUUACACCCUGUCAUGUACUGCUUACACCGUGCAGAUUUCA